AUGCCUGAUUUUUCAUUUACGGACAAACUAUUUGUCAACUGUUUAACAACAAAGUUCAGAAAGGCUGAGUCUGCAGAAGUAGUAUUUGGAUCCACUGACAUUGAAGCUGGUGAAUCUGUGACGGCGUCUCAAUUUAUCCUUCAUGAAGGCUACGAUGAAGAUAUAUUUGCGAAUGAUAUUGGAUUAAUCAAGCUUGAAACACCUUUGACCCUGGGUGAGAAUGUCGGUACUGUCAACUUAGCUUCUGAAGAACUUGAUGGUGACGUUAAUGUCACGGUCAGCGGCUGGGAUGGGAUUUUCAUAAGAAAAUAUUUGAAUUUCGUUGAGCUGGUCACUAUUACGAACGAAGAAUGUGGAGAGAUCUAUGGACAAGACGUAAUUCGGCCUGAAAUGGUUUGUGCUACUUCUCCUGUAUCUCAGGUUAAAGGCACUUGUAAUGGUGAUAGUGGUGGUCCAAUGGUGAUUAAUGCAGAUUCAGAUCCAGUUCAUGUAGCUGUUGUCAGUUUUAUGGGCGACGAUGUAUGCGAAACCGGGACACCUUCCGGGUUCGUCAGAACGGCGUAUUAUAGAGACUGGAUCAAAACAAAAACCGGAGUUUAA